UCCGGUCGCGCGGUGCCGUACGGUGAUGUGAGUCCGUUUGACGGUUUUCUGCCGGUUUGUCCGGUUCUGUCGGGAUUCUGUGGAUCUGAUGAAGUCGAACUUUGACCCGACUGGAUGUAAAUCAGGAAGAACAUCGAGAAACACGCGCAAGAGCAGCCAAUCAGAGGCUUCGGCUCCCUGACGUGUCAGCUUCUCGUCCUCGGAGGUCGGCGUCCCUGCGGCGUCAGCAGCAUCAUGGUGGACGUUGCUGUGAAGAGCGAGGCUUCCUGGGUCUGUCACUCUCAGGGACACUUCCUGUCAGAAGUCCUGCUUCCUGUUCACCUCAGUGACGAAGGCAAUGAUGAAGAGGAGCUCCGUCAGUCCGAGGUUAACCAAACAAACUGGGGCAGCCCAGUCCUGCUGGAACAGACAGGAGACCAGGGUCCUUGUGUCCUGACGCUGACAUGUAGCCCCGCCUCCUCUGCCAUCAGCCGCCUGCUGGUCAUCAGCGAGGCUCGAACCAUGGAGGUGUACAGCCAGAGCGGGGAGUACUGCGGGACGGGUCGAGGGCUGAAGGACCAGAGCAACCACCCAGACAGGUCAGAUCGAGGACCUUUCUACGAGAAACAGCUGAUCCUCGAGAAUCCGUCGGUCUCAUGUGAAGUGAAGCUGCUCUCUCUGGCUGGUAGAAACAGUGUUUUGGUUUGCCGGGUCAUCGUGGGCCUUCAGACUCUGAAGCCCCGCCCCCUCCGUGGCGUGGGCAUCGACAUGCAGCAGGUGCAGAGUCUGGUCGAUGAGAUCGGGACGAGUCUCUCACCUGGAGCGCAGAACCUCAUGGACAUGGUGCAGUUCCAGCAGAAGAACCAGACCGGCUCUCUUGGGGGCUUCCUGCCUCUCCUGAUGGGGGGUGGGUCUCUCUCUGCCCUGGUCCCUCCAGCCGCUUUCAGCUACCAGCCGCAGCCUGCAGACUUCCGGCAUCCUCCAGUCAGCUGCUCCCAGCCUGCAUCUCUGUCAGGUCAGCAUGGAGCCAUGAUGUCAGACGGCUCCCCCUCCGGAGCCCCGCCCACUCCUCAGACUCAGGACCAAAGUAAGACCAUCAGGACUCGUGUGAUGUCUCUGAUGUUUCAGACGGUGGAUCCCGAACUAAAAGAUCCCGAAAGGCCGUUUGUCUGGAUCUUUCAUUUGACCUCCGCCGACCUCUUUGUGAUGUGGUCUCUCUCUCUCUCUUCUCCAGUGAGCGGCGAGGUCAGAGGGCCGGGCCACGCCCAGCUGGCGGAGAUGAUGUCACACUUCCUGAACGCUCAGGGUCGUGAGCAGGCGUCGAGCUCCGGCCCGGAGUUUCUGCCCAUGCUCCAGAGCGUCUGUGGUCAGGUGACCAAGCUGCGCCUGGAUGACGCUGCGGCGAUGGCGGAGAAGGAGGAGGAGCUGAGAAACGGCUCGUGGGAGUUGGACUCAGCCAUGGAGCGUCGUCUUGAGGAGAUGGAGAGGAGGCUGAAGGAACAUGUGGACCGUCGUCUCGAUGCUAUUGAGCAGAAGUUAGAGAAGUCCCUGCUGAGCGUCCUCAACCAGGGAGCGAUGAGCAGCCCAACAGGAAGUCCAGUGUCCACGGCGCCGCCGGAGCAGACUGCCCCGACCCCGGCCGUGCACUAACCUCAGAACCUCUAAAAGACUAACAUGAAGCCUUUGUGCCUCUGCUCCCUCUAAAACUACACUCUGACCUGAGAGGCGGAGCAGGAGGCGGAGCAGGAGGCGGACACUAACAGAGAAACAUUAAAGCAACUUAAUAAAAGCAAUAAUCUGCUGAAAUGUAAAAGUGUAUUAAAUCCAUCUUUCAAGAUGGACGCUUUGUAACGGUUUGCUUCACUUGGACCUCUGCCUAAACAGCAAAUAUUUGAAAUUCUGUUACCCUAACCCAGAGACCACAGCGACCCGAGGGAUGUGGUCUGACCCAGGUCCAGAUUUAUUUACAGUAAGAGGUCCAUGUAGACGCUCCGAUCCGGACCAACAGUUAGUACUGAACCUGCACGGAUCAGCUGAUUCCUGUUCAGUUAGUCAGCCGACGUCUGGUUUACAGAUUGUCUCGUAUGAAGGUUAUCACAGUUUAACCCCCCCCACAGAGUUUAUAGAUGUUUUAACAUGCAAACAGUAAUCUACUGUAAAGUAACAUAAAGCGUACCUGUAAAGAUUCUGUGUUGACUGGUGAUGUUUUUAACUGCAAUUUAAAGAAAAUAAAACUAUAUUUAUACUGA